AUGAUGCUCAAAUCGCUUUGGUUUCUGUGCAUCUUUAACUUUUGCCUCGUUUCCUGUGAAAAUCAGAACAAGACGUUCACUGAAGUCAAGGGAAACAAGACGUUUCACAACAUCAACGGCACUUUAAACACUAAUAAGACACUCACACGCGCAGAUGGCCCAUUUCUGGUCACAAGUGACCUAGUUGUUCCCAAAAGUGUAUCACUUACUGUGGAGGCCGGUGUUGAUGUUCUUUUCCUACCUAAAGUCGGUGUUCACGUUUAUGGAACUCUAUACGCAAAGGGUACGCACUCUCAGGCUAUCCGCUUCCGAGCGAUCCAGUGUAACGAAACUAAGUUCUGUAACAACACCAACUCAACUGCGAGUCAGUACAUAAAUCCUGGAAUACGAUUGGCUAAUGGUACGUCGUACAAUAAAGGUCGUUUGGAAUUGAAAUGGAACGGGCGGUGGGGAACAGUUUGUGAUAGUUACUGGGAUGAUAAAGAUACUGAAGUGGCUUGCAGGCAACUUGGCUCUCUAGGAGCAAAAAGACAUUAUCGUCACCCUGGAAGUGGCACUAUUUGGCUUAAAAAUGUUGGCUGCAAAGGAAACGAGAAUAGUCUUUUGAGCUGUAGUAACUACGGGAUGGGUAAUGUAUGGGGAUGUGGUAAGUAAUAAAUUGCUUAAAUAAAAAAGUCCUAUUGUAUUUCAGAAAUGUAACUAUAUUAAAUUAAAGUCAAAAUCAGUUGAUAUGUCCCAAGGACACAAGGGAUACAUCCGAGGUCCAGUAAAAACCUGCUACUAAGAACCUGCAUUUGCCGAAACAUAUUAUUAAUUAAAGGGAAUCUCCACUUCAACAAAAAGAUAACUUUAAAUCACAGGAAAUAACUGUUACAGUCAAGUCAAUCUAAAAUAUUUUUAAAGAAAGCGUUUGUAUCCGAAAGAAAUAACUUUUAGAUUCGCCUAUUUUUGUUUUCAAAUUGUGCGGGUGUCGCCAUCUUGAAUAAUUGUGAAGUGUUACGGUUGCCCUAUUGUUAUUAAACAAAAGCUCUUUGUGUCAGAACAACAGAGCAACCGUAACACGUCACAAUUAUUCAAGAUGCCGGCGCCCGCGAAAUUUGAAAGUGAAAAUAAGCGAUUUUAAAAUUCACUUUUCCUGAUAUAAACACUUUUUUACGGACAAAUCUCGAACAAAUUUGUUUAUCAACAUAAUUUUAUUCGAUUUGAACUUAUUCUGUAGAAAGAGUGGAGGUUCCCUUUAAGUGGUAGUUAGUACAAAUUUAAGCUAUGUACGUUCUCAAAUGGGGGCAAAAAGUCGUGGAAGGUAUGAGUUACUUUGGUGGUAUUAAUCUUAUUCUUUUUUUAAAAUCUGCAUACCAAAAUAGAAGAAGAACUGAAACUGUCCACUGACCACAUAAAUUUUGAAGUCCUUUUGCUCAAGUGUACAGAUUUUUUUUUAUAAUUUUUACAAAAUACGAACCUGUUUCAAAUUUUUAGGCGAAACAGGUUUGUGUAUAAAGGCGGCCUAACUGACAAAUUUUAACCUAACAGGUUCUUAAAAAUCAGAUUUUAAUCGCGGGUUCUUACUGUGUCUUUUGUAGGCUUUUUAAUGUUGUUGAUAAAUGCAUAGCGAUAAAAGGUGAUGACAAUAAAAGACAUUAUCCUCGAAGACUCCAAUAGUACUAGAACCAAGUGACGUUCUUCAUUUUUAGUUAUUUUCAUAUUUAUCAUUCAAUUUUCCUGUAUUUGAUUAUUUGUUUCAUCUUCAACAGGACACUACCGAGACGUCGGAAUAGAGUGCGACACACUGCUCCCUUUUCUUGAAAACGCUGUUUAUUGGAAAGGAAUUACAUUUACGCCGAACAAUUCGUCUGACGAAGAAAGCCGCCUGUACCUGGAAAAUGUGCUCAUAGCUCAUGCUGUUCAAGGAAUAACGGCCCUGAAAAAGGCACCAGAAUUAGCAAAAGUCACAAUUACUGACUGCGUCACUGGAGUAUUGAUGAAAAACCUUGAAAAUCCGCUAGUCAUCGCUGACACAAACAUCUUAAGGUGCAAAACCAGUGGUGUAAACGUAACCAGCUUAGUAGGACCCGUCACAAUUGAGAAUGUAACGGUUCAGAAUACAAGCCAUGGAGACGGACUUGUGUUUAGGCACAAUAUCGACAUCAUGGACUUUUGCUCGAACAUUUCACAACUGCCCUCAUUUCCCUUAGUUUUCAAUGCAUCUGGAGCCACUUUUUGCAGCAAGGUAAGGGGAAAUGUGGGCGUUGCCAACUUCAUAAUUAUGAACUUUUGGUUCACCUUACCCAGUCUGUUAACCCAAUUUGAGCCCCAGCCUCCCCAAUCCCCCUUGCAAAAUAGUUCAAUAACUUCAAAACCAUUCAAGCUUGGACCACCAAUAUUAGCGAAUUUUCCUGAAACUGAAAAGUCGUCGCGACGUGCACGUCAACAUUGCUGUUAACAUGACAACCGAGUUUUGACAGCCAUGUUUUUUUUUUCAAAGUUUGCAUUUUAUCUAAAA